AUGCCGAUGCAGUCACUUCUCUUCGCGGGGGCGCUUCUCACACCGAUGAACCCCCAAUAUUAUAAAGCUUGCUGGGACUUCUCGAAUAAACCCCCCGAUUAUUCAGGUACAGCCUGGGCACGACCUGGGCGAUUCAGUGCUACCAACCCCACGUCAUUCCCUGAAGAUCCACAGCCAAACGACAGCCAAGGCCCGGAGCCACGGCCGGGCCAGCCAUCCCCAGGAACGCACCGGUGCCGCGAGAAGGUUCCGGAUUCGGUGUUUCAAACGGUCCCGGGUGCCGGUCAUUGUCAAGGGUUCAUUCACUCCGUCAUUCAGAUUGCAUCUAGGGUUGAUGACACGCCGCGCAUUGUUCACGCGUAA